AUGCAUAUGACAAGUAGGAGGUAUUUCAUAGGUCCAAUCCCCAAGAGCUGGCUGCAGAAUCACCGCAAGUCCUGGUACAAGGCAAGACUCAACUCCAAACAUUACUCGUCGAAAGCCGUCACCUUCUCUGCGGAGUCUGAGGUAGCUCAUUACUUGCAGAGCCCAGGCUGGAGUGAGUCGUCAGAGUUGCAGCGAGCUCGCGAUGAUCAUCAGGCCGGUAAUUCUGGGGACGAAGGAACAGAUCAGGACCAGGAAUCGACGCGGAGAUCUACUACUCUGCGGACUCUUGAUUAUCCUCUGGGGGAAGCCAAUGACAUUCCUUCUGCCUCCGGAUCUGAAGUACGCCCCUCCUUAUCGAGCGAGGGCGAGCACAACGUGGAAUCAGAGAGCAGAGCAGGCGAUGCAGGUUCUUCCUUUGUAACAGCAAGGGAGCAUGGGCCGAGCUCAACUUCUACAAAUCCUAUCACAUCCGGUGGACCUACUAAUCAAGUGAACAUGGGGUACAGCCAAACGAAGCAAAGUGCUCCUAUCCCCCAAGUGGAUGGGGUCUAUCAGUCAAGCCCCAUGGUCCCAUCUAGUGAAACUGGAUCAGAGGCUCCUUUACUGGGGCCAAAACCGUCAGCCAAAGGGAAAGGAAAGCUUCCUACUGCGCCAUCUACACUAAAACUAGAGCUACGAGAGCCUCAACAUGAGAAUAUCGGAGAAGAAGAUCAUCUUGAGCGUAGGCGGCACUCAUCCCAAUACCCCUUCUUUUCAAUAACAAAAAAAGCGACGAAACUUAACCUGGAGGACAACUUUUUGCAUAAACAACAACGGUUCCAGUCUCGACUUUCGAAGACCCGCGGCAAGAUCUCGGACAGUUUACCCUACAGGCGGAAGAUGCAAGAGGGCGAGAUCAUCAAAACCGAACGAAUGCUCGUACGAGUUGAGGAGACAAUGCAGCAGAAUCUUCCUCAUGAUUAUUCAGAGCAAGAUAGCUUGAAAAUGGAUACUAGGGUUGUGGAUAACUGGCGGGAGUAUCUCGUGGUGUGUCGAGCAACAUCUGACCCCGAAGCGCCGUUCGCUCUCCAGAUGUACAAGACGCACGUUAUCCCAAAAAUACAAAAAAAGGGCGGCCGGAUUUCUCCUUACCACGAAGUGACCUUGGGUAAGAAACACACCAGGGUAAACUUGUAUUCUUCCUUGGACAAGACGAUUGUUAUCUGGGGUCCAAGCAAGCAUGGCACGAAAAUUUACAUCGUUCGACCAAAAUCCACAGUACGCGCGGUUGAAUGGUAUACAUAUAUUUUCCAGGCCCUUGGGUCGCGACGUCCUACGUCGCUGUCAAUCAACGCUCCCGACCUUGGGUUGUCUCUUGUCCUUCGAAAUCCGUUCAGCCAGGGCACCAAAAUCAAGCACCAGACUAACCUAGAUGGCACUCUUACUCAAUCUACGCCCGAGGAUACUUGCGCAGCCAUAUCCAUUGUACGGGGGUGUAUGGAGAUGCUCGAAAAUCGUACCGAACUAUCGGAUGUAUUACAGAAGUGGUCGAAAACCGAAAAAAUGGGUCUUGCCUGGAAACGGUACGACCGGUUGGAGUGGAUAUAUGGUGCAAAUGAGAAGGAAAUGUAUGGGACGCUUGCAAUGCAGGACACUCACGAGCUCGAACUACGUCCAAGACAGCAUUAUCAUACCUUCGUUCGUUAUGGCGACAACAAACAUGAAGAGCCCGAGCCGGUGGAAGGAUUCUUAGUUCGUCUUACAUCGCAGAGGGGUGUCCACCAACGAAUGAACAAGAUGUUCUUCAAACGUCUCUACUUCUUCUGUCAGGAUCACUAUCUGUUUUUCUGCAGACCAGCAAAGUCUCUACCACCUGCUCCCUCCAAGCUUUGUCCAAAUGAGUCCGAUAAUAUACCUUCAACACAAGCCAUUCUAGACGAAAUGCCUCUUUCAUACGCUAUUGAUCCAUAUCCAAUCCAAGAUGGAGAAAUAACAUGGCUAUCGGGUGGCAACAAGGAACAUAUCAAGAAGCAUGACGAGGAAGCAUAUGCUCAAUUACGCCGUGUUUCCCACAACCUCAGUCAAGCUGAUGGCUAUAUUGAUCUUUGUCAGGUACAGGAAGUACGGCAUGUGCGAUAUGGCAGCUACCCAGCCGAGCCCAACAUUCAGGAGGGUCCAGGUGUUGCUUUCCACCCAGAAGCAAGGGACACGUCCCAGGAUGAUGGAGCAACUCAGCAAUUCGAAGACGAUCGGACUUUUGAGAUGCUAAUGGACAAUGGUCUUAUUGUCCGCCUUCAAGCGUAUGACACUACUACGAAAAAGGAAUGGAUGAAGCGACUCGACGCCCUGGUGACCUAUUGGAAAUCGCGGACAGCUGCCGAUGCUGCCGAGCUCAAGGAGUUUCGACAACGAAACGUCGAUAUCAUGAAUAUCGACGAAGAAUUUGAGUCGAUUAUAGGACAGUUUGCUAAAAAGUGGGAGGUUAGGAAGGCCCAAGCAUCUCCUCAUCUUCACAACAUGUGCUCUCUUUCUGGAUGUCGAGCGAUUAAGAUGUCAGGGCAGUUGUACCGGAAACCUCGCCGGCACUCUACAUUCAAGCGAUGCGAUGUUGUUCUCGUUGAUGGGAAGCUAUUAAUUUUCCGAAGCUCACUGAGGAAACACAGCGGAGUCGAAGUCCCUCAUAUCCAUUCCAGUCUCGAAACUACAAUUCUUCUAGCCGACUGCUAUAUAUACUCUGGUCUGUUGGCUGAAUCCGAUUUACUUUAUACCAACCAAACCUUCGACAGCAACCAUCCGGGUCAUCGCACCCUCCCUCGGGUAUAUCUCUCGACCGAUCUUUACAACAGCACGGACGAGGACACCGCCAUUACUUUCGUUAUCUGGCAGCCUCUGCGGAAAAAUCUGUUCCGAGCAAUCGAAGGAGAACAAGGGCAAAAACGGCAGGUUCUGAAGCAAGUUCCCAAACUGGGAGUGCUCGGUCGGACGGUGGUAUUCAAAGCACGCAGUCGAGUCGAGAAGGAUCGCUGGGUAUUGAGCAUUGCCUCUGAAAUCGACCGGCUGCAGGAGGAAAAAUCUGAGGAUAUCAGAAUCGUCUAA